AUGUGGAAGCUCAAGCUCUCUGAAGGCAAUGAUUCAUGGCGCCUUAAGAGCCUCAACAAUCAUAUUGGAAGGCAGUAUUGGGAGUUUGAUUCCAAUCUUGGAACAGCCGAAGAACGAGCUCAAGUGGAGAAAGCUCAAGAUGGCUUUAAGGAGAAUCGGUUUCAAGUCAAACAAAGUUCUGAUCUCUUGAUGAGAUUUCAGUUUGCAAAGGAGAAUCCAUGCGAGAUAGAGCCAGGUGAUCGGGUGAAAGUGGAAAAUGAAGAAGAAAUAACAGAGGAAGCAGUGACAACAGUGUUGCGAAGGGGGUUGAGAUUCUACUCUACUCUGCAGGCUGAGGAUGGAUUCUGGCCUGGUGACUAUGGUGGACCCUUGUUUCUCUUGCCUGGCUUGGUAUGUAAUAAUAAUUAUAAGCUCUACAUAUUCAAUUGA